UCAAUCUUUUUUUUUUCAGCCAUCAGAGAUCCUGCAAAACGGAUGACAUUUUCCGUCAUCGGUGAAAUUUCUCUAAAAAGGAUAACUCGUUUGCUUAACAAAAAAGCGUGUAAAUUCACAGUAGUUUUGAGAAGAAAAAAAUCCUAGUGCAUUAAAUUGCUACAACAUUGUUGGAAAAUGUCCGAUUGAAUACCAAAAUCAACCAGCAAUGGCCACAGCGAACAGCAGUGCAUCAAAAUCAAGCAAAGCGUUGAAAAACAGCGGCGGAUCCGUGGCUGCUUUUUCGGGGGGCUCUUCCGUUUUCCAGAAUCAGCAGGACGACGAUGGCAAUGAAAAUCAAUACUUUUACGAGGAUGAAAUUUUUUGCCUGGACGGCCGAGGCCGGGUGCGGUUUGGACUGGUGCUAGAAAAUUUCGAGGUCAGCGAAGAGGAAGGCUUCGAGGAGGACAGCCUGAAGAAGGGCGAAAUCCGAGCCUGUUGGCAUCCGGACGGCCUGGAGGAAAUCGUCAAACAAACUAAGGUUGGCCUGGCGGAUAGGACGCUCAUGCCAGGAGAUGUUGUCAGACGCAUGAUCCCUGGAAAGGAUACUCAACGUGGAUAUUGUCAUGAAAUUUUUGUGAAGGCCGAUGUUAAGAUUGUUGGCACUAAGUACGUGGUUAGAAAUGUUUGCUCUGAUCGGCUACGACCUCUUAUGUCUAUGCCAAAGGAUAAUGCAGUUUGCCUGGAUUCGUGGGUUGGAAGCACCAGGAAUGUAGCAGAGAAAUUGAUUCUAAAGUCAACGUGUGGCUCUCUCGUGGAAACGGGUCCAGAGUUCGAUUAUUGUGCCCUAAAAGAUCCUGAAAGUCGAUCCAGGUGCGGUUAUUUUGCUAGUGCAUUGUUCUAUCCUGGUCAAACAUUGGUAGUUCCUCUGGGUGAAAUAGAAAACUCCAAAUGGAUCAAAACAUCUGCGGAAAUGAAACGCUCCAUGAAAAAGAAGAUUCCGGAUGUGAAAUUUACUGUCCAGAACGUGGAACUGGAAGGCGUUUGGGUACACUGGCAAUGUAAGGCAUCGUGUGAAGACAUCGAGACUGAAAUGAAGGAAGGAGGCAUUCAACAACCACCGGAUUAUAUUACCGGUGAAGACAUGAAACGACUCAAAAAGCUUAAUCUAUUCGAAUCUUGUAUGUUGCAAAUCAAUGAUAAAAACUAUCUGAAGAUAGAAGAAGAUGAUACAAUUUGCCGUAAAAGUCAAUGGAGAAAGGAACUCAGCUCAAAGUACCGUAAAAUUUUGAAAACGGAAAAUGAGAAUGAUGAAAAAUUGAUCUGUGAUAACGAAAGCCAUAAUAUUAUCAUUACCGGCACCGAAUGCACGGAUGGCAUCAAAGAGAAAUUAGAAACUGAUCGGGCAAAAUUGUGCCCCGUUACAGGCAAGGAUGGCACAAAGGUAGGCAAGAUGCGAAGAAAUUCUCCACGACGCCCAAGCAGUAAUCAGUCGUCCACGAUAUGUAAACUAGCAGAAAGUGAUGAGUGGCAAACGGAUCCGGAAGAUGAAGAAUAUGAUGCAGAUGGUAGUAAUUCAAUAGUAUCCGAUGGUGCAGGUAGUCCAAUGUCCUCUUCUUGCUCAAGUACUGUUACCCCGAGAGGUAGUCCCAAAAAGUCGCCUUUGCUAGCGAAAAAGUUAAGUAAACGUAAGAAACGAUCUGCAUCGAUGAAUAGCAAUGCUGAUCGUCUGCCUGUUGCUGGAGAUGAUGUAAUUACGGAAACCCUAGUUGUGUAUAGCAGUGCUACAGUUGUUUGGCAAGAUGGUACUAUUGAAACUAACAUUCCGUCCACAGAGCUUUGUCCAAUCCACCAUUUGGAUGACCAUGAGUUCUUUCCGGGUGAUUUUGUAUUGGCUGGCAAUACGGAUCCUUCACACAAUCCGUCAUUUCGAGAUUAUGGAGUAAUUCAGAACGUCGAUCACCAUGGCCGAACGGCCAAAGUCAAAUGGUUUAGCACAUACACUUGUACGGAUGAGCCUCAACCGACCUAUAACGGUGAAUCCGAGGUCAGCGUGUACGAUUUGAAGGACCAUCCAGAUUUCCAAUACCGACCAGGAACCAUCGUCAUACGGGUUGCCAAUUUUAACGGAGAUGAUUCCAACUGCAGUGCUGGUCAGGUUAUCGAUAACUAUCCCAAUGGAAUGGUAAAAGUUUGGUGGGUUAACGAUCAUGUUAGCAUGUGUUGGCCGCAGGACAUCUUUGAAGUUGGUCAGUACGAUUCCGAAAACAACUUCUGGGGUAACGACUCCGACAACAACUCGUGGGAAACUGAAGACGAGACAUCAGAACUUGGUGGUGCUUCACCACAGCACGUUUGCAAACCAAAGCUUACCGCGAAUCUAGAACGAGCCCGUGUUGCAAUGGCAAGAUUAGAGGAACUGUUCAUAAUCAAUCCUCAUCUGCAAAAUCAAGAAAUCAUGAAAAAGCUAUUGCUGGUCUACAAGAAAUGUCGAUAUUUGGACCGGCUAAUGGAUACGAGCUUUUUUCACGAACGUCAUUUUAUGGGAUUGGUAGAAAGAGUUAGAAAAUCUAACAAUCAAACUACGGCUGAACGGGUACAAGAUCAAAAGAAUAGAUUGUUCAAUCAAAGUGGUUCGAAGGCCACAACGCCCACUACUGCAGAUAUUCCCAGUCCGGAUCAGAAGAUUCCUUCGUAUAGCAAUAAUAGUGUUUCGUCAAAUGGUGCCGCUUGUACGCUUUCGGUUUCUAGAAAGCCUCACUCACAUGCUAGUUUAGUUACUGCAAAUUCAUUUCAACUACCAUCAGCCAACAAUCAAUCCACUUCAUCAGACAUUUCCAGUAUUGAUGAAAAUCCCCUUGCUCCUACAAAUACCAACUCAACACAGUCCACGGCAGAUGCAGCAGGUGAAGAUUCUGGUAACUUUUCUGGUAAAAGUGAUGUUACAAGCGUUCCUAAAAGUAAAAGCAACAUGAAUCAAAGCGGUAAUGAUUCUUUGUUGAACACUGAACUGGAUAAUGUCAACAAUCUGUACAUGAACAUAAGCGAGGAUAUGAACUCUACCAGUUCUGUGUUCAGUUUCUCUCCACAGGCGGAGAAUGUAUCUGCAAAGCUGUGUUCACUUAUCAAAGCUCAACUGGUAAAGGCGUUGCAAGAGAUAAAUAUGCGAUACAGCCAGAGCGAUCUUUUCAAAGAAAUUAUUAUCGAAGAAAUACAACUUACGCCACCAACAUAUGAUUCCCAAGUACUGUCAUCCACCCCAGCAAAGCUGCAGUCGUCCCCUAGUGAGACAACCGUAGGCCAGAAUGAAUUGAACGAUACUAUCGAUGAAGUAAGCCCGGCUGUCUCUGCACAGAGCACGGAUUUAAAUGUCGAAACUUUCCAAGUUCUUGAUUCCGCUCCAAGCACGCAUAAAUAUCAUCUCACAGUAUUCCAAACUAACAAUCCGCAAAGUUUUUACAAAGCCGUCCAACGGGAACAUCGACUAUUGCGAACCGCCCUUCCUCCAGGAGUUUGGGUUCGAACAUUCGAAGAUCGACUGGAUCUCCUGAGCGUUAUGAUUGAAGGUCCAAAAAAGACACCAUAUGAAGAUGGGCUGUUCCUGUUCGAUGUACAACUGGGUCAGGAUUACCCAAAUGCUCCUCCACUGUGCCAUUACAUCAGCUAUUGUUCGGACAGGUUGAAUCCCAAUCUAUACGAAGAUGGUAAAGUGUGUGUAUCAUUGCUUGGAACAUGGUCUGGCCGAGGUACGGAAAUGUGGGGUCCGAACAGUACUCUGCUGCAGGUGAUUGUCUCAAUACAGGGUUUGAUUCUUGUUGAUGAACCUUAUUUCAAUGAAGCUGGCUAUGAGAAACAGAAAGGUUCACAACAAGGUAAGGAAAAUUCCAGAAUGUAUAAUGAAAUGGUGCUGCUUAAACUGGUGCAAUCGAUGACGAAGCUCAUUAACAAUCCACCGGAGAUAUUCCGCGAACAAAUUCUAAUGCACUUUAAAACAUGUGGUGAAGCCAUGUAUCGUCGAAUCAACAGCUGGAUGGACUUGUCAAACGCAGCGAACCAAAGUGUUCCUAACACCACUGAUGAAUCUUCAAAUAAGACACAUUCCAAAGCAACCCACAACGAAGCAGUUUCAUCUGUACCAGCCUCAUCGGCGAAAUGCGACCUUGUUGCGGCUUCGAUCAUAAUGCCCGAUUUUCCUCUUAUUCCGGCAAGUCGAGGAUUCUGCCUUACGCUGGUAGGUUUACUGGAAAAUUUCAGAAAAACCCUCGAAACCAUAGUUAGCGAGUAACGUUCGUGUAUUUUAAUCCAACCCACCGCACUCGUUGGCUAGCGCGAUAUUGAACGCUUGUUAGCAGUACUGUUCUCCAAUUGUUUCUCGUUAGUAAUUUUGCGUUGAUUUUCGUUUAGUCAAACUUAAUAAAAAUUGCUGAAGCUACGUAACUUGGCAACAUAUUUUAUAGUAAAAGCAAAAACGAUCCGAAGUUUACUAUGACAGCAUUUAUCUUAUUCGAAAUUUAUCACACCUCUUUUGUUGAAUCAAUUAUACAACUAUAGUAUAUGAUUUGACAUAUGACAUACCGUCAACGUACCAGUAUCCGCUCAUGCUCCGCUCACGAGUUAAAAAAGUAUGGUAAUUCGAGUAAUACACAAAAAAAUGUCCACAGUAUGAUUCAAUGUGUCAAUUUGAACCGUAUUGCGGCUAUAGUUUUCAAAUUAACUUUGUGUAAACUUAUCUUUUUUUAGUGUGAGCGGGCUACUGGAACAUGAGCGGCUACUGGUGCACUGAUGGUAUGUUCUUCAGAGUUAGUGUUGAAAAGCGUUUCAGAACCUCGCAAUACAGUGAAAAGUGCCUAUUAAAACAAAUGCAUUGCGGGUAAUACAAAGUUGCACAAACAUUCCUAAUACAAAAUCUCUUGCACUCAGUUAAAAUUCAUUGCAACCAGAGGUGUUUGAGGUUUGAUUUGAACUCUGAAACGUCGACACAAUACCCACUUAGUUGCAUUAGCGUUCAUUAUAAAAAUAUAGCGAACCUGAUAAUAACUGCUGUCAUAGCAUUUCAGGACCACCCCUGGAAUACUUGUCCCUAUGUAAAGCUUAUAUAGCGCGAGACAGAUUAGAUAGAAACACACAUCGAGUUUGUCCAUUUCACUCAGAGGGAGGCUCAUUACUGUAUGCCCAGACACUUUUUAUUUCAAAUUUGUAAUUAAAAAGUACAGUAUUUUUGGUGGUUAUAUUGUUAUUAAUUGGAAGUUCUACGUUUGAGUAAGCGAAGAAGGAUAAAUUGCAUGUAAAACCUUCAAACUAUAAUUUUGUAAUCUG